AAGGAAAAUAAAAUAAAAUAAAAUAAAAGAAAAAGUAAAAAAGAGAAGGUAAGUCCAAAAUCCCAAUUCCCGAGUUCGUAGAUCCGAAAAAUGGUCCGGUUCGCCGGCGCUGUGAAACCUAGGAGAAAUAAAAGCUCCCGAAUUCUGACUACGAAUCGAAAAAAAUUCGAAACAAUUUCAGUGCAAAAGGCAUCUCGAGGAGAUGUGCCAUCAAAAUGCUUGCGUGCAUCUGUCGGUAGAAGAAACAGCUGUAUUGGAGGAGAGUCUGCUUGUAUAUUGCAAGCCUGUUGAGCUCUACAACAUUCUUCGCAGCCGUGCCAACGACAAUCCAUCAUUUCUUCGAAGAUGUUUACGUUACAAAAUUCAAGCAAGACGUAGAAGGAGGCUGAGGGCUGGAAUGGUAAUCUUCAACUAUAGAGACUGCCAUAACAUGUUACGAAAGACUGAAGUUACUGAAGGCUUCUCUUGUCCAUUUUGCUUGAUGCAAUGUGCAAGCUUUAAGGGCCUGCGUUAUCAUUUGUUGUCUUCACAUGACCUUUUCAACUUUGAGUUUUGGGUAACUGAAGAGUAUCAAGCAGUCAAUGUUUCUGUAAAUAUUGCCAUAUCGAGAUCAGAGACUGUUGCAGAUAGAGCAUUCCCACAACACCAGUCAUUCUUCUUCUGCUCAAGAUCAAGAAGGCUCCGGCCAAAGAACCUUCUUCAAAAGAAAAAGCAUGUUGAUGUACAAUUUUUGGAGUUGGACUCAUCUACACUUGCCAGUGAAGGAACAAUCAAGGGAUUUUCAGAGAAGGAUGAUGAUGCUGUAUCUUGCAAAGGUGAAAAGGCAUCAAAAUCAUUUUGUUGUGAGAAAAAUAUGCAGAGUGGUAGGCAUGGACAGGAAAACAAUGAUCGUGAUUGUCCUAGUUCCAUGGAGUGCAUAGAACGUGUCGGAUCAAGUUCCAAUGUUCCAGGAAUUACUAUUGCCAUGGCGCAAUCUUCCAUGGACCUUGAUUGUGCCAAACCGCUCUCAGGAAGUGAUCCUGCCCCUCCUGCUAAGACAAAGAAAACCAUUGAGCGAUCAGACCCUAGAAACCGCGUGCUCCUGCAGAAACGACAAUUCUAUCACUCGCACAGAGUUCAGCCUAUGGCAUUAGAGCAAGUGAUGUCAGAUCGUGAUAGUGAAGAUGAAGUUGAUGAUGACAUUGCAGAUCUUGAGGAUAGAAGGAUGCUUGAUGAUUUUGUGGAUGUUACCAAAGAUGAAAAAAAGCUUAUGCAUCUUUGGAAUGCAUUUGUGAGACAGCAAAGGGUGUUGGCAGAUGGCCAUAUUCCCUGGGCAUGUGAGGCAUUUUCAAAACUUCAUGGAGAAGAGCUGGUCUCAUCUCAAGCUCUUUUUUGGUGUUGGAGGUUGUUCAUGAUCAAACUAUGGAAUCAUGGUCUUCUAGAUGCCUGCACCAUGAACAACUGUAAUAUAAUUCUUGAGGAACACAGAAACAAGGUACCAGACGCUAAAACAAGUUAAGAUGAAUAAUAACUAUCUCGGCUUUGUAGAGUACCAAGAUGAGAUGGGUAUAGGUUACUUUUGCCUUUAGAGUUUUGUUUUAUUCUCCAAUUUCGAUUAUUAUAUAUUGCACAAGUGGAGUCAAAUUCAUUUUAUAGACAAGAGUAGGGAAUAUGUGGGGGGUUUUCCAUCUCUCUGUUGUUUUUAGAUCAAGUGAGCCUCUCAUUGUCAUUGGCUUAAUUUGGAGAAAAAAAAGGAAAUCAGCUCCUUUGGCCCCUCUGAGCUGUUAUCAUGUUUAAUUCUAAUUUUACCAUUCUUGUUAUGUUAACCAUUAUUAUAUAGUGAGCAAUUUAAAUCUACGUUCUUAUAAA